CUGCUGUGCUACAGCGCGAGAUUACAGGCUCGUGCGUGAGCUUUCGACACAUUCAACUGUUGUAAAUCAUUAGUUUGCUAGCGGACUGAAUUUCAGUUGUGCUGCGUUUGUGGUGCAGCUGCGUUUCUAUCGUUUUAAAGUGUACUGCGCGCGUUAUUUAGAUGUUUAACAGCGCGAGAAAGGAGAAGACCCGAACACGCAGUGUGCUUGUGUGUGCGCAAGCGCGUUAGAAAAGCAGAAGAAGUUUUAACCAAUCGCGUUCUGUUGCAUUUUUCAUGAGUUGUGAUUAGACCCUCCUGGAGGCGUCGUUAUUUACAGUAGAUGGGCGGGUCAUUUGCGUCGGGGGGCGUGGUAAUGAUUUGUUAAUAUCAGAUUAGAUAUAAAACAACACCUGGGUCACAAGCACCAUUUACUGUAUUUACAGGAUCAUUUAAUAAAUCAAGCAAGACCUGUGCAGUCAAACUUCCUUCCUAUAGAGGUUAAUGGAUGCUGACUGUGAUGUCCAUGCAAAGUGAACUUGCUAAUAGUGGCGGGGCACUGCACACCGUCUGCCCUGCCGCCGGAGGACCCGUCAUCGUCCGGGACGCAGAGUCCACCAACUUGAUGCUAACGGAUCGUCCUGCCAAUCACGUGGCCUCGGGAGAUGAAGUCGGCAAUGCUGCUCCUGCUGCUCCUUUUCCGGCAGGUCAGGGGCUCCCGCAGAUUCAAAACGGUCUUCAGCAGAAGCUGAAUAAACGGCGCCACAGCAUGAACGUGGGAUUCAAACAUCCGGGUCUCGGCAAACGCAGACGGCGUGCCAACUCGGAGUCUGACCCUGUGCUGCCCAGCAACUUCCUGCUGGGCGGAAAUAUCUUCGAUCCGUUAAAUCUCAACAGCCUAUUGGACGAGGAGGUCAACAAAGUGUUAAAUGCCCAAACGCCCAAAUCGUCACCUCUUCCUGCCAAAAACAGAGACCCUGUUGAGAUUCUGAUCCCGAAAGACAUUACAGACCCUCUAAAUUUAAAUGGUAGGGGCGGAGAUGCGGCUGCCGGCGUGUUGGUGUCUCCCAUGAAGAGCAGACGCAGGCAUCGCAAUAGACACCACGGAGCGGUGCCGGCAGGCGUUGUCGAGCAGUCGGACCAUUCGGAUAGCGAGAAGCCAAAGGUCACUGAGGUGAUCGCUUCAGUUUCGUCUGUUAGCUCGUUAGAGAAGACAGCCGACGUAUCUGGCGAGGGGAAGGGGCUCCAGGUGGUAGAGGAGUCCCCGCGUCCCUACGAGCUCAACACGUCGAUCAACUGCAGAGAUGAAGUGGUGGCGCCCAUACUGCCGCGAAGACGGUCCCACCCCUCCUCAUCCAGCUCUGCCCCCGAGACCCAGUCCAGGCCUGACGGUGCCGCUCAGCCAUCCAAACACAAGAAGCGCAGACGGACCAGCAGCCGAUCCGAACGCCUAUCGGUCACGCCGACUCCGCCUACGAAACGGACGAACGCAGAGAAAGUGCACAGCCAAGCGUUUCAUACGCCUCUCGUAGGCGGAGCCACAGGUGUUUUUUCCUCAGGGACUGUUCCGGGAAAAAUCCAACCGAACCGUCGCAGGCCGCAGCACAAGUUCCAGUACGGUAACUACAGCCAUUAUUACGGUUACCGUACGCCAACAUUGAACGCAGACCCAAGAUUGGGCAUCUUUAGACCGGAGUGGUUUCACGGAAAAAAAGUUCUCGACGUCGGCUGCAACACCGGUCACAUCACGCUCGCGAUCGCCCGACACUGGAAACCCAGCCACAUACUGGGUCUGGAUAUCGACGGUACAUUGGUGCACGCCGCCAGACAGAACCUUCGCCAUUUCAUCUCGGAGCUGUGGGGUCAGGAGGGACGCUGGAGUCCAAAUCAAAGACAGGACAAGAUUGACCAAACCCAGCCCACAGAGAUGAGCGGUGAGACGGGUAAAUGCGAAGGGUCAGGGAAUCGGAAGGCCGGAGGAGGCCUGGAGGUUACACCACUUAUGAAGCUGCAACUGGACCGAGUUCGAGCGUUACCCAGGUUCCCCCUGUCUUUCACACGCUGCAGGGGACCCAUCGCCACUCCUCCCAUAAUGCCUUGCGUCCCUGGCGUUUUCCCUUUAAAUGUGUCCUUCCUAAAGGGAAACUAUGUACCAGAGAGUGACACAGCUGUGAUGUCACAGUGUGCAGAGUAUGAUGUCAUUCUCUGUCUGAGUUUGACAAAGUGGGUUCAUCUGAACUUUGGUGAUUCUGGAAUCCAGCGAUUAUUUCAUCGUAUCUACAAACAUCUGUUACCUGGAGGAGUUUUGAUUCUAGAGCCUCAGCCCUGGAGCUCAUACGCCCGUCGUAAGACUCUAACGGAGGUCACACAGAAAAACUACAGCAGUAUCAGACUGAAGCCUGAUCAGUUCAGCUCCUACUUGACCUCAGAUGUGGGAUUUAGCAGCUAUGAGCUUUUGGAAACCUCUCCCAGCUGCCCUAAAGGAUUUCAGAGGUGGAUUUAUGUCUUCCAUAAAGGCUCGGUCUCUGACAGAAAAUGAGUUUUAAGAUGGAUGAAGAAGAGUAUGGCGACCUCUAGUGGACAUAUCCAGCUUUUAAUCUGCGUUCAAUUUGAGUGAUAUUCCAACAGAAAUGGAGAAACGUUGCUUGUAUUUUGUAGCUGUUUCUUCCUGGACUGCUUCCAUUUACUCUUGGGAAUCCAUGUGUGAACUCGACCUUAUUUUUAAAGGAUUGACCCUGACUGGCUGAUGAGCACUCAACACUUCUGUAUGACACAUGAAUCUUCACUUUCCUGAGGCUCCUCCCACUUUUCCUCUUUCCUCAGCAUCAGUUCAGGGUUGUCAGCGUGUAACGUCACAGGUGGUGGUUGUGUCAGCAACAUGAUUGGACUUUUGUUCGGCUCGAUGCUGUGGAAGUUUCUGCAGGAGCAUCUGGAUUGUGACAUCAUGAUUGUUUGUGCUCAUUGAUGACAGGAAAACUUCACAAACUGUUUUUGAGUAACACAUAUUUUCCUGUAACACUGAUGCUUCAAAAUAAACACAAGCCUGGUUUGAACAAAA